AGAGAUUCACAACCUCCAUAGCCAGAAUUAUCCAUACAACUUAAAAGACAGGUGAUCAGAAUGAAGUAACUAUAUAUUUUUCCAGAUUCCAAAUUUUUUAAUCUUUGCCCUCCCCUUUGACAAAUCAACAUCGACUUUAAAUUUUCUUAUCUAUUUAACUAAAAAAAUAUCUAAUAAAGAAACAAAAAAUAAAGGUUGUAAUCUUUCCCUAUAAAAGGACAAUGCAAGCUCCGAAAACAUGUAAGCUUGUGAGUUGGAGGAUCGUCAGUUUCCUAGCUUUCUUUUCAGCCUCUCAAGCAAAAAAUGGAUGAGAAGAUGAGUUGGACAGUUGCUGAUGCUGUAGACUCUAAGGGCUCCCCUGCUGACAGGACUAAGACCGGUGGCUGGGCUCCGGCUGCUCUUAUUUUAGGGAUUGAAAUAUGCGAAAGGCUUUCAACAAUGGGGAUAGCAGUAAACCUAGUCACAUACUUGGGAGGCACAAUGCAUCUGCCUAGUGCAACUUCAGCCAAUAUAGUCACAGAUUUUAUGGGCACUUCUUUUCUACUGUGUUUGCUUGGAGGCUUUCUUGCUGACUCUUUUCUGGGCAGAUACAAAACAAUCGCAAUCUUUGCAACAGUACAAACACUGGGUACUGGAAUGUUAGCAAUUGCAACAAAACUGCCCCGGCUACGUCCACCACCUUGUCACACUACUGCCAUUAACGAUUGCAAACAGGCCAACGCGUUCCAAAUGGGCAUUUUAUACAUGGCUCUGUACCUAAUUGCGUUAGGGACCGGAGGCCUCAAAUCCAGUGUUUCAGGAUUCGGAACUGAUCAAUUCAAUGACAGAGAUGAAAAGGAGAAGGCACAGAUGGACUAUUUCUUCAACAGGUUUUUCUUCCUCAUCAGCACUGGAACUCUGAUGGCGGUAACCGUGCUUGUCUACAUACAAGAUGAAGUGGGUAGAAGCUGGGCAUAUGGAAUUUGUUCUGUCUCCAUGUUUAUAGCCAUCUUGGUAUUCUUAUCUGGGACUAGAAGAUAUCGAUACAAGAAAAGCUUGGGAAGCCCUAUGGUUCAAAUUUUUCAAGUUAUGGUGGCAGCUAUAAGGAAGAGAAAGAUGGAACUUCCUUACAGUGUUGGCUUAUUAUAUGAGGAUUCCCCUGAAGCUUCAAGAAUUCAUCACACAGAUCAGUUCCAAUUCUUGGACAAGGCGGCGAUUGUUACAGAGAGUGAUUUUGAGAAGAAUGUGAGUUCUACUCCAAAUCCUUGGAAGCUAUGCCCAGUGACAAGGGUGGAGGAAGUGAAGAUGAUGGCCAGACUAUUGCCGAUAUGGGCUACAACCAUCAUUUUUUGGACUGCAUAUGCGCAGAUGAUUACCUUCUCAGUUGAGCAAGCAUCUACAAUGGAAAGAUCAAUUGGGCAUUUCCAAAUCCCAGCAGGGUCUCUCUCUGUCUUCUUCGUGGCGGCCAUAUUGAUUACUUUAGCAGUUUAUGACCGACUCAUCAUGCCUCUUUGGAAGAAAUGGAAAGGAAAACCAGGUUUCACCAACCUACAGAGAAUUGCCAUAGGCCUCAUCCUCUCAACAGUUGGAAUGGCAGCUGCUGCAUUAGCCGAGAGGAGACGGUUGUCAGUGGCAAAAGCCACGGGCAACACCACCGCAACUCUGCCCAUAAGCGUGUUUCUGUUGAUCCCACAAUUCUUCUUGGUGGGUUCCGGGGAAGCCUUCAUAUACACUGGCCAGCUUGAUUUCUUCAUAAACCAAUCUCCCAAAGGAAUGAAAACCAUGAGCACUGGUCUUUUUCUCACAACCCUAUCACUCGGUUUCUUCGUCAGUAGCUUCUUGGUCUCGGUUGUGAAGGGUGUUACUGGGAGCAAUGACGGACAACGAUGGCUGGCAGACAAUAUAAACUACGGCAGGCUUGAUUGUUUCUAUGGACUUCUAGCCAUACUGAGCCUUAUAAACUUUGUGAUAUAUAUAAUUUGUGCAGUGUGGUACAAGCCACAAAAACCCAAACCGGCUCUGCAAAUGGAUACUCUGGUUAUUGGUCACAGUGCAGAGAAUAAGUGCUAGUGAUUAAAUAAGGUUGGAAGCCAUAUACAGUGAGAAUUAGCUUGGGUUUGGUUGUCUUAUUUUUCUUCUGUUCUAAUGAAUAGGGUGGCUUCACUUUAAACGGUUUGUUUUAGAAGGAUAUGUAUGUCUAAUGGUUACAACUUA